AAAGCAGAGCUCGAGGUGACAGGCGAGCGAGCCGGGUCGGGAGUGCAGUCGCGGAUUUCUGCGCUCCCGGCGGCGGAAUGGCCCGAGCGCCGCUCGCCGCGUCUCCGGCCUGCGACCCCUAGACGCCCGAGUCCGUCCCCCACGCCCAUCCCCACACACACCCCCCUCCCCCCACCCGGCGCGAGCACUGUAAGCCGGCGGCUCCGCGACUCGGCUCCUGUGGUCCGUUCUCUCAGGCUGCCCGUUCAGGAUUUUUUACACUGAGGAGCAAUUGGAGCUAAUCCACAUCAUGGAAAUGGAAACCACAGAACCUGAGCCAGACUGUGUAGUGCAGCCUCCCUCUCCUCCUGAUGACUUUUCAUGCCAAAUGAGACUCUCUGAGAAGAUCACUCCAUUGAAGACUUGUUUUAAGAAAAAGGAUCAGAAGAGAUUGGGAGCCGGAACCCUGAGGUCUUUGAGACCAAUAUUAAAUACUUUGUUAGAAUCUGGCUCACUUGAUGGGGUUUUUAGAUCUAGAAAUCAGAAUGCAGAAGGGAGCAGCUUACAUGAACCUAUGGUGAAAAAACCUUUGGAAAUCAAUCCAUCGUGUCCACCAGCAGAAGACAAUAUGUCUGUCCUGAUUCCUGAUGGAACAAAUGUUGGGGGCCAGAUACCAGAAGCCCAUCCUACCCCUGAUGAUCCUGAACAAGUGGUUCCAAUCCAGGAUCAUAGCUUUCCACCAGAAACCAUCAGUGGGACGGUGGCAGAUUCUACAGCAGGGCACUUCCAGCCUGACCUUUUGCACCCAGUUUCAAGUGAUGUUCCUGCUAGUCCUGACUGCAUAGACAAAGUCAUGGAUUACGUUCCAGGGGUUUUCCAAGACAACAGUUUUACAAUCCAGUACAUUUUGGAUACCAGUGAUAAGUUGAGUACCGAGCUCUUUCAGGACAAAAGUGAAGAUGCCUCCCUUGACCUUGUGUUUGAGCUGGUGAACCAGCUACAGUACCACACUCACCAAGAGAACGGAAUUGAAAUUUGCAUGGACUUUUUGCAAGGCACUUGUAUUUAUGGCAGGGAUUGUUUGAAGCACCACACGGUCUUGCCGUAUCAUUGGCAGAUCAAGAGGACAACUACUCAGAAGUGGCAGAGUGUAUCCAAUGAUUCCCAGGAGCACUUGGAAAGAUUUUACUGUAACCCAGAGAAUGAUAGAAUGAGAAUGAAGUACGGAGGACAAGAAUUUUGGGCAGAUUUGAAUGCCAUGAAUGUGUAUGAAACAACUGAAUUUGACCAACUGCGAAGGCUGUCCACACCACCCUCUAGCAAUGUCAACUCUAUUUACCACACAGUCUGGAAAUUCUUCUGUAGGGACCACUUUGGAUGGAGAGAGUAUCCUGAGUCUGUUAUUCGAUUGAUUGAAGAAGCCAACUCUCGGGGUUUGAAAGAGGUCCGAUUUAUGAUGUGGAACAACCACUACAUUCUUCACAACUCAUUCUUCAGGAGAGAAAUAAAAAGGAGACCCCUCUUCCGUUCCUGUUUUAUACUGCUUCCAUAUUUACAGACACUUGGUGGUGUUCCCACACAGGCACCUCCGCCUCUUGAAGCAACCUCAUCAUCACAAAUCAUCUGCCCAGAUGGGGUCACCUCAGCAAACUUUUACCCUGAAACUUGGGUGUAUAUGCAUCCAUCUCAGGACUUCAUCCAAGUGCCUGUUUCUGCAGAGGACAAAAGUUAUCGAAUCAUUUAUAAUCUUUUUCAUAAGACUGUGCCUGAGUUUAAAUAUAGAAUUUUGCAAAUACUGAGAGUCCAAAACCAGUUUCUUUGGGAGAAAUAUAAAAGGAAAAAGGAAUAUAUGAACAGGAAAAUGUUUGGCCGUGACAGAAUAAUAAAUGAGAGACAUUUAUUUCAUGGAACAUCCCAGGAUGUGGUAGAUGGAAUCUGCAAGCACAACUUUGACCCUCGAGUCUGUGGAAAGCAUGCUACAAUGUUUGGACAAGGCAGUUAUUUUGCAAAGAAGGCAAGCUACUCGCAUAACUUUUCUAAGAAGUCCUCCAAAGGAGUCCAUUUUAUGUUUCUGGCUAAAGUGCUAACUGGCAGAUACACGAUGGGCAGCCAUGGCAUGAGAAGGCCCCCUCCCGUGAAUCCCGGAAGUGUCACCAGUGACCUGUAUGACUCUUGUGUGGAUAAUUUCUUUGAGCCUCAGAUUUUUGUCAUCUUCAAUGAUGACCAGAGUUACCCUUAUUUUGUUAUCCAGUAUGAAGAAGUCAGUAACACUGUUUCCAUUUGAAAAAUCUUGGUACUGCUAAAUUAUUUGUAUAAACUCAAUCCAGCAUUUGUAGCAGGUUUUGGAUGGGUGGGCCAGAGUGGGGAACAGCAUUGACAUCAAUAGGGCACUUUUAAGACCCAUUUUUUUUUUAAGUUGCUAGAAAGUGAAAUUUUUUUUUUAAGGAAAAAUACAAGUUUUAAAAUGACCACUUAUUCUUUAAUUAUUUACUAAUUGUUGUUAGUGUACUCAGUGUGGAAAAGACUACAGAUUGCAUACUCUUUUCAUUCACACCUGUACAUAUAGGCAGCAGUGUUAUUAGAAGCAUUUUUUAUAAAGAAACUGAACAGCCUAACUAAUUACAUGUGGCUUAAGCCUGGUAGAAGUUUGGCCAAAUGAAAUGGAGGCUGUGAGCAAAGUGAGGAUUCUAUUUAUUUACAAAGAUUAAAACUGACUGAAACUAGUACUACCAUAUUUAAUCCCUGUGCAAAGCAUCACUGCUGUGGUGUAGGAUAAGUUCAUGACAUUCUGGUGGGUGGAAAGAAAUUUCUAUUUCUAUCAGUAGGACUGAAAUAUGUCACCCAACCAGAGAACAUCAAUGACUUUAACUGUUCUGCAGAGUUUACCCGAGAACUCAGAGUUCUGUUUAGAGGAAGUAAGAAAAAAAAAAAAAAAAGGAACCAUUUGAAAAGUUUGUCACCAGCAAAAUUUUUCAUUAACUA